AUGCUCCUAUACGAUGCCAAUUUAUUUUUUCUGAUCGGAUUAUUAUUUAUUGUUCAAACAAGUUAUAAUCAUCAUAUUGACCCACGAAAGAAUGUCGGCGCAAUGUGUGGAAAUGAUACAUCGCAUGGCGAUCCUAAUUUGAAUCCAAUCGAUGAUAGUCCACCAAAACUCAUACGUACAGUCGAAAAUGGAUCACUCUAUACGGUUGGCUCUGGUGAAGAUCAAUUUUGGCUGGUACAUGUUUGGGGCAAUACUGGAUACGAUUAUGGAUUUGCAUAUGGAACACUUUUAAAAGAACAGAUCAUCCAACUUCAACCAAUUGCUUGGGCUCAUUUCGAACAACAAAUUAUGGAUGAAUUAGAGAAAUUAAAAUUACCUAAAUGGUUCGAAGAAAUCGUUGCUGACAAAGGUCUUGCUUUCGCAUUGGAUUUCCAAAAUACGUUGGUCGAAGGGUAUAUUGAUAAAGAAAUUUAUGAAGAAAUACGUGGUAUUGCUGAUGCUGCUAAUAUUGAUUAUCGUGCAAUUCGACGAUUACACAUGCUCGGUGAAAUCACACGAGGUCGAUGUUCACUCUAUGGCCUCUGGGGUAACUCAACUCUUGAUGGUAAAACUCUUCAAUUACGAGCAUUAGAUUGGGAUACAAAAGGUGGUCUUCAAGAUUUUCCGGUCGUUACUAUCUAUCAUCCACUUUCACCAAAACUCGGUCACGCUUUUGCCAAUGUUGCUUGGGCAGGUUAUAUUGGUACAUUGACGGGAAUGUCGUCAACACAAAUGGGCAUCUCUGAAAUUGGAAUCUAUUUUUCGGAUGAUACAUUUGGCGAUGAGAGCAUGAGUGGUUUACCAUUCAUUUUUGUCGAACGAUACAUUUUACAAUUUUCUGAAACACUUGACGAUGCGCUUUCAUUUAUUGCUGAUGUAAGACGAACAUGCCAUUUGGUUUUGGCUGUCGGCGAUGGAAAAUUAGGCACCGCUCGCAUGAUACAAUAUUCACAUUCACGUGUGAACUUUUUCGAUGAUCAAAAUUUACAGCCUGUAGCUGAUUGGCAUCCACGCAUACCUAAUGCUGUCUAUUGUGGCAUGGAUUGGCUCUGUCCAUCUCAUCAAUACAGACUAUAUCAGCAAAUAAUCUAUCAAUAUGGACAAAUAACACCGGAAUCGUCUAUUCGAAAUAUAACAUCAGUGGCAAAAACAGGUGAUUUACACGUCGGUGUAUAUGAUCUUACCGACAGUAUUCUGUACGUAGCAAAUGCUCGUGGUACAAACGAAACAGGUCCACUGGAAGCUUAUCAACGGCAAUUUGUUAAAAUUGAUCUCAAUAUUGAAUUUGCUCGUAAACAGUCAUCAAUGAAAUAA